AUGUGGGCAAAGGAGGUUGGGGGUAAAGGCAGGCCACGUCCGCUGCGGCCUCCGGCCUCGGCGGACUCACCGCCUCUUUGUGCCACAAACACCUGCUUGAUCUUCUUCGUGCUGCAUCGGGUGGCCACUCUGGCGAAGUAUGUCACGGAGAAGCAUCGAUCUAGCGCACGCAAAUUGAAGGUGCGGAAGCUUCGAGAGGAUUCUUCGACGGGCACUAAUUCGUCAGGCGAGCAGGACGGCGAGUGUGACGAGGCCAAAGCGGACGCUUGCGUUCCAUCGGAGUUGCUCAAUGUCACCAUGGACGGCGGAGAGGACUUCUGGACGCAGGAUAUGUGCAAGAAGCUUGUAGAUAUGGUGGAAUGCUGGGAGCUCGAGGACUGCUGCCACAGGGGGGCAACAGGUUACGAGAUGGCCUUCGAGGUCUGCCAGAAAACCGUGCCCGAUGCCAAGAACCCAUGCCAGGAGGGCGACAAGGACGACGAGGACGACGAGGAUGACGAGGAUGAGAAGGAGAAGGGAUGCAAGGAGGAUAUGUGCUCCAUGCAAGUCCAUGAGCUGAAAGCCUUCCUGAAUGAAACUUCCCGGCGGAACCUCACCGACGAUGACAUGACUUCCAUCUGCCUGAUGGGUCUUGGAGUCGAGACCUGCUUCAAGAACACCAGCUGCUGCGGCGAGGAGACGAUGAACCCCGUGGCGGAGCAUGACAUCGACAUGUGGAAAAUGUGUGAGGGCGGAGGCUAUAGAUACGCCAAGAUCUGCCACGAGGGACCAGCAGACUGGGACAUGUGUGACGAAAAGAAGCUUGAGAUGUGCAAGCCCUUGAUUGACAUGUCCAUCGCCUUCGUAAACGGCACCAACUUGACGAGCCUGGACUCCGAUCAAAGCCGAUAUUACUGCGUAUUGUUCGACAGCGUGGAAGCAUGCCUGUUCUCUGCCGGGUGCUGCGAAAACGCGGGGCGGUAUUUCCCGGAGAGCAUGCACAACCUUUCUGCGGCGCAGUACUGCGAAGCACCAGACUAUCUCUACACCGGAGUUUGCCGUGAGGACCCACGCCUUCCGCCAAAGGAUCCCCACGAGGAGACCUGCGAGGAAAAGCUCAAGGACUGCAACCACUAUGUGGCAACUUUGGGCUCCAUGGUCAACAAGAGCACCACGGCGGCUGGCAUCACGACUGGCAACGACACGGACCAGAUGAAGGACUGGUGCUACUUCGCCUUUACCAUCGAGUCCUGCUUCGCAGCGGCCGGAUGCUGCACAGAAGGUGGAAACCGUGUCCCGAUGUACCUGCGGGAGAUGGACUUCACUGAAAUCUGCCACAGCGCCGGGUACAACUACUCGCAAGGCAUGAUCUGCUCCCAUGCAAUGGACUCCAAGGAUCAUGAAGAUCACGGUGAUGAAGAAGGGAAAGAAGACUCCAAGGAGGAUGAUGAAAAUCACCGUGACGAGGAUGAUGAGGAUCAUGAGGACCAUCCCCCACAUCAUGGGGAGCAUUGCAACCAGACCACUCUGUGUGAUCCCUUCUUCAACGAUCUCAGCGCGUACCUGGCCGCCGGGGCUCGCAUGGGACUGGACAAUCAGAAGCUGUGCGUUAUGAGCAUUGCGGUGGAGGGAUGCUUCGCCCAGUCCAUGUGCUGCGGCAAGACACGGGAGCUGCACGCCCUUGAGAGCCAGUAUUCGCUCGAUUUCGGCGAGAUAUGUGAGAAUGCGACGUUCAAGCGCCCCAAAAUGUGCGAGGACGAGAAAGACCAUGAUGGGCCAAUGUGCAAUCGCACAGGGGUGAUGCAGUGCAACGCUUCCAUAGCCAACGCAGUUGCCAUGAACGUGAUGAGCAAUGCAUCCAACAUGUCCAGCCAAGAGAUGGAGGCGAGGUGCAUGGCUGCUCGGGACGUGGAAGCAUGCAUCUCCGAGUACAGCUGCUGCCAUGAAGCGGAGAAGAUCAUUCCGGAGGAGCUGAUGAAGGUGGAUAUCCGCGAGCUCUGUGAUAUACCGGGUCAGAACUACACGCCGCUGUGCGACGGGGAGGGCGACGAUCACGACGACCAUGAGGAUAGAUGCGGUCGCUGUAACCCGCCACUGCACGACCUGGAGCACAUGCUCAGCAUGAUGAACGUUUCGAGCGCGUCAAUGAUGGAGCUGGAGCUCGUUUGUCUCAUGAGCGUCAACGUGGACUCGUGCUUUGCAAAGACCCACUGCUGCGAGAAGCGUCCAAGCUUACUGUCCCUGACCACCCGGGACGGCACCAUGGCCGACUUCGACGGAAUCUGCAAAAGCGCGGGCUACUGGCGACCGUCUGUUUGCUCGGUACUCUGGCCCGAUGACAAGGACAAGGAUGACGGAGACAAGGAUGACAAGGAUGACAAGGAUGACAAGGAGCAGUGCAACCACACGCUUGUCGAGGCCUGCAACGGCCUCAUCUACGAGCUGAACUAUUCUUACCAGCGCAUGACGCUCGGCCGCUGCCCGCGAUAUGGCUUUGAGACGCACGCUGAAGCACGCGCGCGGCAGCAAGAGUGCUUUUGUGCCUGCUAUGCCAAGUCCGCAGCCGUCCUUGAGGCGCUGCUCGAUUUGGACAUUGAGGUCAGCUGCAGUCAAGUUGGCAUGAAUCAGACGGCUUACUGCCCCCGGGACGAGGAGGACGGGGAGGACGACAGAGAGUCACGCUGCGACAGACCCGCCUACGACACCUGUGGCGACGCAGCGCAAGAGCUCGCCGACAUCGUCAACCGCAGUGGUCUGAUCGUUCGUAAGCCCCCACACAAGCCGAACAUGACGAACACGACCCAUUCGGACCACACCAGCACCGACCAUACCGACAUGCCCAUGCCCGAGAUUGACAUGAUGGUACUGAAGAACAUGUCUGUGGACGAGUUGGGCCAGAUAUGCCUGGCCCGGGCCCCAGAGCUUCUCCGGCAUGCUGUUACAAGGAGCUUUGUAGCAGCUUGGAAGUCUUACCUUUUUCGGCCGUAG